AUUAUCUGUAUUCCAUGUGCAGGUGCUUCGAGAUUUUGUAAAGAGUGUAGCAAUUUUUGCUGAUCAAAAUCGUCAAUAUUUGUCAAUGACAAGUGCUAUUCUUCUUAGUCUAGUUCCUUGGAUACAAGUGAGUCGAUCAAAAUCACUGCUCCUUACAGUUCGGCCUGAAGUUUUUGCUACUGCAAUGAUCAUGGGCGCACUCGUACAUAUCAUUCUUUUGGCACUCAACACCUUUGCUGUGCGGACUCUGUCAAUACUCUCUGGAGAUCAACAGUCGAUUCUUGCAAAAAGAGAGAAUGCACGGGCAGUCAUUAUUGUUGCCAGUCAGGUCUGUUUAAAGUUCUUUAUAGUUCCAAUGCUUCGAUUUUGAAAAUAAAAUCAUGAC